AUGUAGACUUUCACACAGGUAACAAAGGAUACUUUUUGUAAACAUUACACUUAUACACUCACUGAUGUGGGUUAGUCAGUGUUUUGAUUCCAGAAGAUGUCAACAUUAAAAUAGUGUUACAAAAGAGUUCUGAAAGCAUUCGCAAUAAAGAAAUAGGUAAUUAAUAAAAGUUCGAUGUGUGAAGUAGAAAGUGAAGUUAGGAUGAAUCCAACAGUCAUUAAAAUUGAAGUUCCAGAUCCGCCCCUAGCCGAACCGGAAUUCUACUGCCGGUUUUGCUAUUCUACAGAAGAGUUGGUGUCGAUUUUUCCUGCAAAAGGCGAUCCCCAUCAGCAGGUCAUAGAUCUGCUGAAACAGUUGACGACCAUAGAGCUAACCGUGUUGGAUGAUUUACCUUCGGCGAUUUGUAGCCAAUGUUGUUCCAAAUUGGAGGAAUUCGACCAUUUUAGGAAGCAGUGCUUGGUUCACUAUGAAGAGACGAAGCGGGCGCGGCUUACUGAAAAGGUGGCUUCGGUGGAACAGGAAGAAGACACUUCCGCUCAACAGCAUGAAAUGGACGUGGAACAGGGCGGACUGUCCAGUAUGAUUGAUGUCGAGUCAGUAAAAGUAGAGCCGAUUCCAGUAGAAGUACCAAGUAUCAAAAAAACGUCCAAAUCGGCGAAACAACUGAAGAAGGAGCGCUCAUCGCAGCUCAGAGAUUAUCGUUGUCGAAUUUGUUUACUCUUCUUGACGAGCAAGGAUGCUAUCAAAAACCACCUACACUCUCAUAUUGAUGUUGAAAGGCUACAAUGUCUCCACUGCUCGAAGUUAUUCCGCAAUAGACAGGGACUUGAUACACAUAUGCGAACGUGCUACAUUUUAUCAUCUUUUAUGUGCCAAAAUUGUGAUCUUCUAUUUAAUACCAAAGAAGAGCUUUGUGUCCACGAAAACGGAUCGAAUUGCGUAACGGACGUAAGUAAUCGCGAGACAGAACCCCCAAGGCUGUACCAAUGUGAGCUUUGUCCGAAAAGUUUCAGUACGGCCAAGCAGCUGUCCAAUCACAAACCGGUACAUUCAGGCGCGUACGCUUGUGGCAAGUGUGGGUCCAAUUUUCACAGUUCUUCCAGUUUGAAAAAUCACAUCGAACGCUAUCAUUCCCUAGGGCUUGACGAAAUCAGCACCAUAGUGAGAUGCGAGCCGUGCCAGCAAACCUUCGUGGAUGCCACCGCCUACCGAGGCCACUGCAGUAGAAUCCAUCAACACGAAAACGAUCAAAAACCGCCUCAACUGGAAAAGGGCAAACCAUUCGAAUGUGACCAUUGUGGUAAACGAUUCUGGUCUAUCAACACCAUCCGCGUACACGUCCAAGUCCACCGACAGUAUCGAGACUGCAAUCAAUGCUCGAAGAGUUUCCGCACGGUCCAGCAACUCAAAAAACACAAACUGAUAGCCCAUCCGGAAAAGUGUCCCUUCUGUCCGAAGAAAUAUUCUUGUAAACAAGCCUGCCGGUCACAUUGUAACGUGAUUCAUGGAAUGAUCCAGAUCAAACUCUUGGAUGAACACCAAGCCAUAACUUAUGAGUGGCGCAAGCUGAUGUUCAAAUGUGCCGUUUGUGACAAGGACUACGAAACGUUUCGCGACCUGAAAGGACAUUAUGAAAAAAAGCAUCCGGGUGAUAAAGUGCUCAUCAAAUGCGUGUAUUGCCAAAAGCAUACCAGCGCAUCCAAGAUCGGGUACGCGGGCCACGUUACGGGGAACUGCGGGCAAACGCCGAAGAAACUGAAAUAUUGGCAUUGAUUGUUUCAAUAUUGGGAAUAUUUCAAGUAGCCUCCCAAGACCAAGGUGUUAGAAAUCUGGUCAGUUUUAGUAUGUAGUGCAUAUUAAUGUGACGGGCUUGGUGGUCUAGUGGCUACCGCUUCUGAUUCGUAUGCAGAAGAUCAUGGGUUCAAUCCCUGGGCCGUCCCUUUCAUCCUACUUUGUAUCUUUCUAUCCACUUUAUCUCUCUCUCUCUCUCUCUCUCUCUCUCUCUCUCUCUCUCUCUCUCUCGCUCUCUUCUCUACAUAUACAACUCAUGUAUAUUCAUAUGUUCAUAGCCAUCGCUAGAGCCAGAAACGAAUUGAAAAAAGUCUUUUCCCUCCCUUCCAACUUCCACUCACAGCACAGUGUAUAUAACAUAACGCCUACAAGUUAUGCAACCAAAGCGUGCUGUGCCGCUUGACCAUAUUCACCUUAUUCACCACACAAUCUAUCACCUUACGAACGCUAUAAAUAAACCCCUAUCGAUGGAUCGCAUCACCGACCCAACGAUGACUCCCAGAUCUCCCAUCCUUUCCGUCUAACAAAUACCCCAGUCCGUGCUGGUUGUGGGGAUGCAGAGGUUAUCUCGGUCUUUAGUAGCAACAACCAGCACACUCUAACAUUUCUUUCCCUUCCCAACUGACUAUAAGGACGUGGCCGGCGCCGGUAUUGAUCCAAAAUGUAUGAGCUGCUAGAAUUGCACUUUGAGAAUAAGUGGAGUGUCCCAGUCCUUGUUCAUUUGGAUCUCAGUGCAAUUGGUACCAGCUCAGAUCAAUCACGGAGAAGCAACCAUUGACAUGUAUAGUCAGAUUUGAUCGUUUUUUUUUUGAUCGUAGUGCAUAUUAAUGUGACUAAAGGUCCCAUUAGACGUGACAAAUAUUUGGUCAAACAAGCCAAACAAAUGACCAACACAACGUGAAUUAUAGCAACCUUUAAUAAAUGUUGGACUCUAAAAGCAAAUAUGUGGUAUAAUGACAAACAGUCUAAUGACACCUUAAUGACUGAUAUGCUUAAACAUAAAUAAUUAUAAGUAGAUGUCGAUAGAAUAUGCCCUUCAAAUAAAUUCAAUUGAGCUUUAAAAAUA